UUCCGAUUUCAGAACACUUAAAUCUAGCUUCUUCGUCCGCCUCUGCCUGGAGCGAUGGUGAGAAUUCCAGUAACUGUGCGAACUUCCGGUGAGAAUGUCGACUUCACGUGCGCAACUGCGAGUUUUUCCGACGUCUUUUUUAGGUAUUUGGAGGAUGGAGAGACGUCGUCGGGAAAUUCCUACAACUCCGGGCACGGGAAUGGUCACUCCGACGACGAGGAGGAUGAAAAGUCCUUCGACGUGAAAGAGAGUAGGGAGUUUUGGAAGUCGCAGGAUGAAAUUCUCAAGGCGACGUUACGACGGACGAGUUCGAUUGAAUCAAGAAUCCGCCGCGAGACGGUGGAGAUUGUUAGGGGAACGAAUAUAGAAUCGACGAUAUGCGAGUGCGGUACUUCCGCAGCGGGAGGCUGCCGGAACUGCUGGCAGAGAGAGAUCUGCAAUCGGCUACGAAUCGCCGGUUUCAAUUGUGCGAUGUGCAAAUCGAAAUGGAGAAGCACAUCGGACGUUCCGUCAGGCGAACAUUCGUAUUUAGAAGUAUUGGAGAAUUCGAGUUCAAGAAGAGGGGAAAUUCGUGUGGUGAUCGAACUCAAUUUUAGGUCAGAGUUCGAGAUGGCGAGAGCGAGCGAAGAAUACAACAAAUUAAUCAGACGAUUACCGGAAGUGUUUGUGGGGAAAUCGGAGAGAUUAUGGUCUCUGAUUAAGAUCCUGUGCGCGGCGGCGAAGAGGUGCACAACAGAGAAGAAGAUGCAUUUGGCGCCAUGGAGGAAGCAGAAAUACGUGCAAUUGAAGUGGCAGGGACGGGGGGAGAGGGCGGCAGUGGCGGUGGCUCCGCCUCUGCCGGUGAAUUUAUCCGACCGGCCGGUGAAAUCGAAGGCGUCGAUGUUAACAUUUGAUCUGCGGGAGAAUUUGCCUGGCCUGCAUUGUAAAGCAGUUGAAGUUGUUUGAAGCAAUUUUGUUAUUGGGUUUUGUUAAAUGCUGUACAUAAAAAUAUUUUAUUUCUUUUAAAUAUUCAUUUUCAUCUUCAUA